AUGCCUAGCCUGGUAGUACCAGGGAUAAUGGAAAGGAACGGGGGUUUCGGCGAUUUAGGCUGUUUCGGUGGGAGCGGCAAAGACAGAGCGCUGUUAGAGGAUGACCGGGCGUUGCAGCUCGCCCUGGACCAGCUCUGCCUGCUGGGCUUAGGCGAGCCUUCCUCCUCCUCCUCCUCCUCCGCCGUGGUGUUGGUGGAGGACAGCAACAAUAACAAUAAUAACGCGCCGCCGCCGCCGCAGCCGCCGCCGCCGCCGCCGCAGCAGCCGCCGCCGCCUCCCCCGCCGCCUCCCCCGGCCCCGAAGGGCUCCUCGGCUCCCAGCGCCGGGGCGGCCGAGCCCAAGUUGUGCGCCCUGUACAAGGAGGCCGAGCUGAGGCUCAAAAGCAGCUCCAACACCACCGAGUGCGUCCCGGUGCCGAGCUCCGAGCACGUGGCGGAGAUCGUGGGGCGGCAAGGCUGCAAGAUCAAAGCCCUGCGGGCAAAGACCAACACCUACAUCAAGACACCAGUGCGAGGCGAGGAGCCGGUCUUCAUGGUGACGGGACGGCGGGAGGACGUGGCCAUGGCCCGGCGGGAGAUCAUCUCCGCUGCCGAGCACUUCUCCAUGAUCAGGGCCUCCCGCAAUAAGGCCGGCACCACUUUUGGCAGCGCUCCCACCUUGCCAGGGCAAGUCACCAUCCGGGUACGCGUGCCCUACCGCGUGGUGGGCUUGGUGGUGGGUCCUAAAGGAGCCACCAUCAAGAGGAUCCAGCAACAAACCAACACCUACAUCAUCACGCCCAGCCGGGACAGGGAUCCCGUCUUCGAAAUCACUGGAGCGCCGGGGAAUGUUGAACGUGCCCGGGAGGAGAUCGAGACCCACAUCGCGGUGAGGACGGGCAAGAUCCUGGAGUACAACAACGAGAAUGACUUCCUCUCCAGCAGCCCUGACUCCGGCAUGGAGAACCGCUACUCCGAAGCCUGGAGGGUCCAUACGCCGGCACCGGGCUGCAAGCCUCUGUCCACCUUCCGGCAGAACAGCCUGGGGUGCAUCGGCGACUGCUCCGUCGACCCCGUCUACGAGACCCCGAGGCUGAACGACCAAAAUGAUUUCAAUUAUGGUUACCUCUUCCCCAACUAUGGUGUGAACAAGCAAGAUCUAUAUUACGGAGUGCCGGAAUCGGGUGCUCCGAUGUGGGCUGGGCAGGAGAACACCAACCCCGUCUCGGUGCUCUUCUCCAAGCAGCAACGAUCCAGCAGUACCGGUGCCAUCCACCCAAAUUCCCAUCGCUCCCCGUCCUCUUCCAUCCAAGAGCCCAAUCUUUCUGGUCUCCCCAGGCGAUCGCAAGGGGAACCUCUCCAAGGGUUUUCCAAGUUGGGAACGACAACCGCUGCCCGGACGUCUGUCUCCAGCAGCCGCGAGUGCAUGGUGUGUUUCGAAAGCGAAGUGACGGCAGCUCUGGUGCCGUGUGGCCACAACCUCUUCUGCAUGGAGUGUGCUGUGAGGAUCUGUGAGAGGACUGAUCCGGAAUGCCCGGUUUGCCACGCUGCAGCCACUCAGGCCAUUAGAAUAUUUUCCUAAAGAGACA